CUUUACUACAUCGCAGACAGUAGACGCACAUGCUCUUGCUAGGUUAUACAAAUAAUCUAAAUGCUAAGAGAAAAGAAAAAAAAAUACGACGUGGUACACUUGGGCGUAUAGGUGGCACUGCCGAAUGUUCUUCCGAAACAAAGGAAAAGCAAACAAAAAAGCACCCAGCGGAUUAUUAUUUCUUUGAGUAAUUCCUAUGAAUUACCUGCCUCUCCCUUCUGUUCAGUGACAGAUAAUGACUGUAACUCGCAACCCAGCUGGUAGUAGGAGGUGCAUCCUGGGAAAUAAACCAACAUGGGGAUCUGAUCCAAGUAGCACCAUGCAACACUAACAUCAUGACUGAGUAAAGAGACAGGAAUAAUAAUAAUAAGCAGACAAUAAUCUGACAUUAAAAGAGUCGCUCUUGGAUUCUUCUGUGCCAUUUGCAAGCCUGCCGGCGACUCCCGAGCCAUUCUCCGAGACAAUGUGAUCGCUCCUGGCCGGCCCUGUCUGCUUGUAUGCGUGUGCGCUUUAGAGAGCUUUCCUGGGGAAGCGCCGCACUCCCGAUUUUUGCCCGAUGAUGGAGAGGAACUAUUCGACUCCCAGCUUCGCUGACCCGCUGGCUGCUCCAGCGCAGACUGCCGCUUGGGCCUAUGAUCGCAGCACGCCAAGCAUCAAGCCGAGUUUGAGCUAUGGAACUUCUCAUCCAUCACAUCCAGACAGUGAACUGCUCCACAGGCAGACCUACACAGCCUCUCAUCAAUUGCCUGGCUAUGCCACUGCACACCAUCCCACAGGCCUUUCAGGAAUAUUUGAUACAGGCUUGCACACUACUGGCAGCAACACUACUGAAACAUCAGUCAUGAACUUCCUUUCUGCUAUCGAAUCACGCAACCCUCCAGCAGGACCAACCACAGCUUCCAUACUUCCACAGUUCAGAACGACUUCAUGGCAGACAGGCAUGCAUUCAUCCACGGCUACAGAACUAUUUGUCACUGGAGCAUUGCCUGUCUCUGGGACUUUUGCCCCAACAUCAGCGUUGUCUGCCUAUCAGCACCCCAACACUUUCAGUACAAGGAAUUUUGCCACUACUCCAUCACUGACACUUCAGGAUGCUGCUUUCAGCCCGACUUCAAAUGGACUAUUGUCUACACAUGAUCCUUUACUGCAAAUCAAGCCACCACAAAAUUCUGUCCCAACUGCUUUGGCCUUUGAUCGCAUAGGAAGUACUGUUCUGAGUACAAGUAUACCACCACAAUCAUCUACAUAUCGUUCAGCCCAAGAAUCUGCACCUCAUCUUUUGCAACCCCAGUUCAGUUUGCUGCCCUCUGCACUUAGUUGCACACAGCAGGCAACCCAGCCUUAUAGCACACCGGUUUUCACAGGUUCUGCAGCCUCUAUUGAAAGAGCACUUCAGAGAGAAUGUAGUGUUAUUAAACACCAUCAGCGGCCUUCCAGUACACAUUCAAUUCCGACUCAGUUGUCAGGUGCUCAGCAUUCCUUACAGGGUUACCUAACAAGUGGAAGUGGAGUUAAUUUUCAGGAUACUUCAAGGCAGUCAACAAUGCCUUGCAGUCCAGUAGAAGAUACUACUCAGGUGAGCAAUGGAGGACCACAACAAAAGACACCUCAAGCCACACUGGAACAAACUCAGGCUUAUCCUUCAACUAUUCCCUCUCCAAGUUAUUCAUCUGCUACGACCACAAAAACGAAAGACUGUUCUGGCAAACGAACUCCACGAUCAUCAAAAGCAACCAAAUCACAAAGUGUUUCCCCAGAUGUACAGCCACAAACUUAUACCAGUUCUACACAGAAGCCAAGUACAGUAAUAGCAAGCCAGCCAGAAGUUUAUUCUUCAGCACAGCUAACUAACUUGAUGUCAGAAAGCCAAUCGCAAAGCUAUGCUUCAUCUCAAAACAUAGCCACCAGUGUGAGCCAUUCACAGGUCUAUUCUUCCACACAGUCAGAAAAAUUGCCUUCACUAUAUAAAACUUUGACUUCAUUUUCUGGCCAGUCUGAUAACCUUACCUCUGUCAGUCAAUCCCUUAGUUAUUCUUCCAGUCAGCAACAAGUGCUGCGUUCUGUUGGACACAAUGAAAACUACACUGGUCAGACACAAAACAUAUGUUCAGUAAACGAGUCGCAAAGCUAUACUUCCAACCACACUCAGGGUUUGCCUACUGUAAGUUAUACUGCACAGUCCCAGGGCCUGUCUUCAGUCAGCCCUUCACAAAGCUAUGCUUCAGGACAAUCCCUCACGUUAACCUCACAGUCUAUGUCCUUUUCUUUGUCUCGAGCUCAAAAUCUGCCCGUUUCUAGUCCAACUCAGAAUUAUAUUUUAAUGCAUAGUUCACCAACAGCGCAGAACAAAAGUGGAUCAUCUCCUCAGAAAUAUAUGCCCCCUGUCCAGUCACCAACCUUUUCUUCCACAUGUCAUUCCCAAGCCUUGCAGAACAACCGAUCUCCAGACACAAAGCCUUCAUAUAGUAAAAGGAAAUCUGAUUCUAAUUUAUUUGUCACAUCAAAACAAGAAGAUGAGGAAUUUGCCAUUCAAGAUUUACAAGAAUUACAACAAGCUUCACUUGAAGCCACAGCUCAGAGUCUUUCAGGUAGUGAAAUUUCAGAACAGAAUCCCAUUUAUGUGGUUUCAAAAGCAGAUGACCGGUACAAUUCACAGAGUGUGAUAAGAACUAGUUCAAGACCCGAAGAUCAGAUUAUUGGCCUUUCACUUCAGGGUUCUAAAAAGGAUGAAGAAAUGAGUACAGUUACCCAUCAUGGACAAAAUGUUAGCACUGCCAAUGGCAGAGUAGCUUCAGACUCAAAGAAAGUAUCAAACUUAGUGCAACCCUCUCAUGCUAAUAUAAGUGCAGAAGAUUUAAAACAGCAGACUCUUUUGCAUAAGGUUCAAGACACCAGGUCACAGGACAAUCAGGACCAAGUGAUCAACAUUCAACAAGGCCAGACACCCUCUUUAAGAAAUACUCAACAAAUCUGUCUGCCAAGUGCUCAGGUGCUGUUAGAGCCUACACGAGAUUUACAGAUGGUUUUACUCCAGCCUUCUUUGCUACAUUCAGGCCUUGACCAGGCCAAGAUUUCACCCCAAAUGCAACAGAUGCAGGCACAGUUUCUACAGAUGGAAGAUCAUAUUAUACAAACAAGUGGUGGUCAAAAUCAACAACAGCUUCUUCCUCAAAAUUCUGAAGCCUUGAAAAUGGAUGUGACUGAGGCUUCAAAAGCACUACAGCAGCAUUUAAUGGCAAAAGAUAAUUUUAGUCAAGCCAGUCAGCAAGAAUCUAAGCUUCAUUUUGCCCUUAGUUCAAUCUGUUUUCCUGACUCGGUGUUGCUGGGUGAUGAAAGAAGCAUCUUGUCCAAUGUAGAUGAUAUUUUGGCUGCAACAGCAGCAGCCUGUGGCGUAACACCGCAGGAUUUUACUAAACCCAAUUCAGCAGAUGGAGAGUUACAAUCACUUGAUACCCCUUCAGAAUCAAAGUCACAUUUUCAGUCUGUUGACGUCAGACAUGUACCUCCUAAUUUUUCCUCCUCGCACUCUCUUGUGCAUGCACAGAAUAUGAACAUGACACUUAAUGGUGGACAGCUUAAUAUUGGUUUGCAUUUAGUAUCCUCUGUACAAUCCAAAAAUUCAGAACUUGAGCACCAGGGUCUAGACUCCUCUGAGCCUGGUUUACAGUCUGGAUUGACUUCUCCAGCUCUAAACUCCAGGAAUGAGAUGGGAGAUAAAAGUAUGGGUUCAUUUCAAAAGCAAAGGAGUAUCAGUCAGGAUUCUGAAGAGGAAACUGAGGAGACAACAAAUGGUAGAACUAUAAACCGAGCAAACGAUACAGACUUUAUUACCAGCAGAAGAAGCUUAAGUGAUGAAAGUGCUGCUUCAGAAAGUGAAUAUACUUUGCCUAGUGAUGAUUAUGACCCAACUGGAUUGUUGAGUAAAGCAAGGCUACCUGUUAAGGCAAAAUCAAAAACAGCAGCACUGCCCUGCAUACAGGUUAAUGUUAAAGAUAAGGAAAUGGCUCCAGAUUUUUCUCCUGAUAGUUUUUUAAAGAAAAAGUCUAAACCUAAAGGAUCAAUAAAACUUUUUUUGGAGGAUGAAAAUGGCAACCAGAAACCAGCGAAGCGUACUGGGCAAAGUAAACGGCAAAAUUCCAGAGGGAGUGAUGGCUCUCAGUCAGCUUCAGACAGCUGCUAUGAUAGUUACCAACAUCAAGAAAGAAUUCGGCAAAAAAUAAGAGAAGUAGAAGAAAAACAGCCAGAAGUUAAAACAGGGUUCAUUGGUUCAUUUUUGGACUUCUUGAAGUCUGGACCUAAACAGCAGUUCUCAUCUCCACCUAUACGAAUGCCAAAUCGAUCACGAAAGCCACCUAUUACUUCUGUUCGUCCACUUCAUCCUCCACCUACUCCUCCUGUAAAAGUCCAACAUGUGUCAUUACCUUUGGUGUCAUCAGAAAGUAUGGGUGGAAAUGCAAAUCAUUCACGCCGACUUGAGGAUGACCUGAAGAAAAAUCUAGAAACUUUGCCAUCAUUUUCUUCUGAUGAAGAUGAAUCAGUGGGGAAGAAUCAGGAUCUUCAGAAAAGCAUAUCUUCUGCAUUAUCAGUUUUAGAUGAACCUGCUGAGAAAAAAAACAAAACAGAGCCAGAAGCUAAUCCAACAGGCUCCAUAGUUAAACAGGAACAGGGUCCAAGCACACCUCUAUCAGUAUUAAAACAGGAUCCCCUGUCUGUACCACCUCAGCCAUCCUAUUCAGCAGUAGCAGAUGAUUCCAGCAUUCAGGAGAAUCAGGAAGAAAUUCCUGCAGAUCAGUUAGCCUUGAAGCAACUGUCUGUGGCAAUAGAAGGCUCAACUGAUGAAGACCAGUCGGACAGUGGUGGAGAAGGGAUGUACAGGGAAAGGGAUGAAUUUGUAGUAAAGAUUGAGGACAUAGACUACCUGAAGACAACACUAAAAGAAGGGAAAGAGCCGCCUGCAAUUUGGAAAGUACAAAAGGCACUGUUACAGAAAUUUGUACCAGAAUUACGAAAUGGAAAUAGAGUAUUUUCUGGAACAAACAGUUAUCUUGGGUACUUUGGGGAUGCAAAGACAAAGUACAAGCGAGUUUAUGUUAAGUUCAUUGACACUGUAAACAAAAAGGAGUACGUCCGUGUCUGCAACAGGAAACCUAGAUGUAAACCUUUGCAUUCAAUGAGGAGUUCUCAGUCCCGGUCCAGCAGCGCCAAGCCUGCAACAGCUUCUGCACCUUCACCUGCUCCCAACAACUUGACCCAAAAAGUGCCCUCAAAUAAAACAUCUGCCUCAAAGCCAAAAGCAAAACAGCAGAAAGUAAAGGCUGAACCUCCUCCAAAAAAACGGAAGAAGUGGAAGGAGGUGUUUUCUCCUUCUCCUUCAGAGUCUUCACAAGAGGCACAGAGUGAAGAUGAUGAAUUUACACCACCAGUACCUUUUGCAACUCGGUUCUUAAACACCAGAACCAUGAAGGAAACAUUUAAGAGUUAUGUGGAGUUGUUAAUCAGUGUUGCACUGGAUGCAGAUGUGAUGGGAGCACUGGAGAAAGAGAACGAUGAACUUCUAUUGCCUCACAUGAAGAAGGUGGAUGGAAUGAUUACUGACAAUAGGAGGAGACUGCUUCCAAAAUUAAGAGUAGGACAGUCAUUUAAGAGUGCACUGGAUAGUUUUCCAGAACUGGUGGUGCUAGAUCUAAAAAAGUCUAGUGAGGCAGGUUCAUCUUGUAAAAUUAAACUGAGUGGGAAAGUUUACAAUAAAAGAACUCUGAGAGCGGCAAAGACUUCCUCCAAAUUGCCACUGGAAUACAAUGUGGACAAAGAUAAAACACAGUGGUUUUCUUUGUAUCAUUCACUCCAGCAUUACAAAUAUCAUACUUACCUUUUGUGCAAAGAUGAGAUUGCUGCCAUUCAGAAGGACAAUGAAGAUCUGGGACAAGAAGAGACGGUGCAACUGUGCAUGAAAAAUGCCAAAUGGGUGGAAAGUUUGUUUGACAAGUUUGGCGAACUUCUCACACAAGUGCAACAAACCUGUUUAUAACAACAGUUAUACAGACAAUUAGGUCUCCCCUUGAAUACAACAAAAAUGCAAGCACUAAUGUAAGACAGAAUAGCAGGUAACACGCUCCACAUGGGCAUUCAUGCUUCAACCCUGGCCAUGGUGCUGACAACAGACUGGGACUGUAAUAUUUAAUACAUGUCACUUUUUUUACGCUGGCCAACCAUUUUUUUGAAUGAGUUUUGUACUUUGUAAUUCUUUUUUCCUGUAAUAAAUACAUUUUUUAAGGAACCUUAUGUGACAGAUCAAAGUGGCAAAGCAUGCACUAAAAAGACUUAAUACUAUAGGAAAAAACACUUUAAAUCAGAGAACUAAAUGCUUUAAUUUUUAUUUGCCUCUCUUCUGUCACUAGGAAUUAAAGCAAAACUGAUGGGUGAAUGGGGGAUGGGGAGCAAUUUUUAAUGAAACGCCAAAUUUAUAUAGAGUAUUGUAAAUUUUGUAAAGAAAAACCGGCGUGUCAUUACAUUCUUAAAAAUUGACAAUAUAGAAAUAUACUUUUUUUUUUUUUUGCUUUUAAGACUCCUUUUAUUAUAACAGUGUUCAGAAAGCUGAACAUGGAGUUGGUGCAAUUCUAAAACUGCUUGUUUUGUGACAAAUUAUAUUGUAAUGGAAAUGCAAUGAACUUAACUAUUUUCUCUGUUUGAAUAAAAAUAUUUUGCCUUUAUACUUUUUCUUUAAAUAUGUACAUUUUAUCUCACUAAUAGUUGUAUUUUUCACAAAGAAAAUAUUGUGGUUGAAUUUGUUUCAUGUAUCUUUGUAAUACACCUUUCCUUGUUUUCAAAAUAAAUCCUCCUGCGUUUAUAUGUUGAUUACAUAAUGUAUACUAUAUAUCUUGAAGUAUUCUUUCUUUCUUAAUACAGGUUUGCUUAAAUGUUAACCAGAAUAAGCAUACAGUAUUGGACUAGUUUUGCUUUCCAAGUGUAGCUGUGUUACACACUGCUAUUAUUUUCUGAUACAUGAAAAUAAAUUUCCUACUAAACAAGGGCACUGA